AUGCAAUGUAGAAUUUUAUUUAGACGUGACAUCUGCAUAUUCAUCGGUUCGAUACUGAACCAGAAAGGAAAGGAGCGGGGUUUGGAACUGCAAUUAGCGAACGCCCAUAGCAGGGGCUGGGAGGAGCUUAUCGAAUGGGGGGGAUUGAAUUGGGUCGUGGCGGUAGUUUUACUCGGUUCACUUUUACGAUCGCCGAUUGUAUGGUCGAAAGAGGAGCUGAGCUCGAGGCAAUGCGAGGAUCUAGGAUUCACCGGGCUCGCCCUUUGCUCCGAUUGCCACGCUCUUGCUGAGUACGUCAAAAAUCAAGAAUUGGUCUCUGACUGUUUGAAAUGUUGCAACGAGGACUCGGAUGACUCCAUGAGCAAGGUUACCUACUCCGGUGCAGUACUGGAGGUUUGCAUGAGGAAAUUGGUUUUCUAUCCUGAGAUUGUUGGCUUCAUUGAGGAAGACAAGGACCAGUUCUCUAGCAUUAAAGUUCAAUAUAGUUUCAAUUCUCCACCAAAGCUGAUCUUGCUGGAUGAUGAAGGCCAACAUAAAGAAACCAUUAGAAUCGACAACUGGAAACGAGAGCAUAUCUUGCAAUUCCUGCAUGAGAAGGUUAAGCCUAAGUCGGUAUCAGCAUCCUAA